GGAAGGAGAUCGUUCUUGGAGACACAAGAACGCACAUGGGGAUGACAACGUUUUUCUUUGCUUGUUUCAUUUUGUUUACAAUGUUCUUGAGUUUGAGCUACGAAGCAAUAACGCCAACAAGUCCUUUGUCAAUAGGCCAAACUCUCAGCUCGUCCAACGGUGUUUAUGAAUUGGGGUUCUUCAGUCCUAAUAAUUCCCAAAAUCAAUAUGUUGGAAUCUGGUUGAAAGAUACUGUUCCCCGGGUCGUUGUAUGGGUGGCCAAUAGAGAAAGUCCUGUUACAGACUCCACGGCAAAUCUAACUAUCAGCACCAACGGAAGCCUUCUCUUGAAUAAUGGCAAACAUGGUGUUGUCUGGUCCACUGGAGAAAAUUUUGCAUCUAACGAGUAUAGCGCAACUUUGUCAGAUGAUGGAAACCUCAUGGUAAUAUUAGACAAUGUUUCGAGAAGAAUUAUAUGGCAAAGCAUUGAUCAUCUUGGUGAUACUAUGCUCCCUUUCUCAACCCUGACGUAUAAUCUCACCACCGGUGAGAAGCGGGUGUUGACUUCUUGGAAAAGUUACACUGAUCCCUCUCCUGGCGACUCUGUGGGUGAGGUUACACCACAAGUGCCACCACAGGUGCUUACUAUGAAAGGCUCGACGACGUAUUGGAGAAGCGGUCCAUGGGCUAAAACAAGGUUCACCGGGAUACCAGUGAUGGAUGCAUCAUUAACAAGUCCAUUUAGUCUUCAGCAGGAUGCAAACGGGUCAGUAUCUUUCUCUUAUUUAGACAGGAACUCCAAACCUCCACGUAUAACACUAACAUCAGAAGGCUCACUGAAGAUUUUUCAGCAUAAUGGAACUGACUGGGAAGUAGACUUUGAGGCUCCGUUAGCCAAUUCAUGCGAUUUUUAUGAUGUAUGUGGACCCUUUGGGUUGUGUGUUAUGUCACCAUCUCCAAAGUGUAAAUGCUUCAAAGGGUUUAUACCAAAAUACACCGAGGAGUGGAAAAAAGGAAACUGGACUGGUGGUUGUGUGAGGCGCUCCGAACUAGAUUGUCAGGGAAAUUCUACUGGAAAAGCUGCAGACGUUUUCCAUGCUCUUGCCAACAUAAAGCCUCCAGACUUUUACAAAUUUUCAGCUACUUUGGAUGCUGAAGACUGCUACCAAAGUUGCCUCCAAAAUUGUUCUUGCUUGGCCUUUGCUUACAUUAAUGGAAUAGGGUGCUUAGCAUGGAACCAAGACCUAAUGGACGCUGUACAAUUUUCUGUGGGAGGAGAGUCUCUUUCCAUUCGUCUUGCACAUUCUGAGUUUGGUGGAAAUAAGCACAAGAAGACCAUCGUUGCCACUUCGGUGAGCCUUACCGUUUUUGUGAUCUUGGGAUUUGCUGCAUUUGGUUUCUGGAGAUGCAGAGUGAAACAUAUUGCGCAUAUAUCAAAGGAUGCAUGGAAUAAUGAUUUGAAACAACAAGAUGUCCCAGGUUUAGAUUUCUUUGAGAUGAAUACCAUACUAACUGCCACCAACAAUUUCAGUCCAUCAAACAAACUCGGACAAGGUGGAUUUGGUUCCGUUUACAAGGGGAAGCUGCAAGAUGGAAAAGAAAUCGCUGUAAAACGGCUUUCUAGCAGUUCCGGACAGGGCAAAGAGGAGUUCAUGAAUGAGAUAGUACUCAUCUCCAAACUCCAACAUAGAAACUUAGUCCGGGUUCUGGGAUGCUGCAUUGAAGGAGAAGAGAAGCUGUUAAUUUAUGAGUUUAUGGUAAACAAAAGCCUCAAUACCUUUAUCUUUGAUUCAAGAAAAAGACUCGAGAUAGAUUGGCCAAAGAGAUUUGAUAUCAUUCAAGGUAUUGCGCGUGGACUUCUAUAUCUCCACCGUGACUCACGCCUUAGGGUAAUUCACCGAGACCUGAAGGUCAGUAACAUUCUUCUAGACGAGAAAAUGAACCCAAAAAUAUCAGAUUUUGGUUUGGCUCGGUUGUAUCAAGGAACCGAAUAUCAAGACAACACUCUCCGCGUUGUAGGAACUUUAGGAUAUAUGUCUCCUGAGUAUGCAUGGACUGGAAUGUUCUCUGAGAAAUCAGACAUAUACAGCUUCGGAGUAAUGCUGUUAGAAAUCAUCAGUGGAGAGAGGAUCUCAAGGUUCAGCUAUGGAGAAGAAGGGAAAACCCUUUUUGCAUACGCGUGGGACUCUUGGUGUGAAACUGGAGGAAUUGACCUUUUGGAUAAAGAUGUUGCUGAUUCAUGUCAGCCAUUAGAAGUUGGGAGAUGUGUUCAGAUUGGUUUGCUCUGUGUUCAACACCAACCUGGGGACAGACCCAACACACUUGAGUUGCUAUCCAUGCUCACCACAACAUCGGAUCUUCCAUCACCAAAACAACCCACAUUUGUUGUGCACACGGGCGAAGAUGAAUCCCGUUUUAGGGAGUUGAUAACUGUCACUGAGACGACACAAUCUGUGAAAACCGAUGGUUGAUGGAAAUUGUAGAAUUGAGGUGUUUGGA